GACUGGAUGCUGAGCGUCAGUACGCGUCGUGGCCUCGCCACGUGAUUCUCGCGACUCGAUGUUUUCACGGGAUACCCCUAUGGUACAUCAUAAACUGUUUUAUGUUCCGUCUACGUGCGAAGUUACGAUUCGUACACACCGCUCUUUCCGUACGACAAUAUUUUAACGAUUCAACGGUAUGAGGAAUGACAAAUAAAUGCGUGUUUUAUUAUUUUAUUAAAUCAACUCAUAAUGCAUAUAACGGAAAGAGUUUCAGACUACAAAUCCGGUGAGACUAGCGAUGGAAUGAACAAGAAUUCUGGUUCCUUGUAUACUUUUGAAAAAAUUCACCGAAGUGGAAUUUGAUGGCGAUUCGAAAAUUCGCGAUUAAUCUUUGUGACGAUAACCGCUUACCGCAGAUACUUCGACGGUGCGAAAAAGUUGAUCGUACUAUUGAGGAUGUUGACAUUUCCGGUUUUUGUGACUUUUGCGGUCUCAUCCAUACGUACUCGUAAUAAUGCAUUUCCCUCUCGUGAUUGGCUAUCGCAGUGAAAAAAAUUGCACGUAAGCAAACUACACGAAUUUUCGUGAUCAUUGUUUUCGACAUCAUUAUGAUUACGAUCGUCACAGACAACUGCUCCCGUGUCCCCGUUGUCUGCACGGAGGGAUGCUCAGCGAACUUAUCAGCCAAGUUGCAUUUAUGAACGGUUCUCAGCUCCUGCGAACGCAAGUAGGGGGAUUUCCGGUCGAACGGGACAAUAUGAGGCAUCGAAUUUUACUAACAAUCGCCAAUCUCAUCGUAUCGUAUGCCUCCUUUAUGGCGGUGACAGGAGCAAGACCUUUAACGCGGCAAAGAACGCAGAGCAAUAACCACGGCAAUAUAAGCGAACUUUUGGACAACUUAUUGCGAGGCUACGACAAUAGUGUGCGUCCUGAUUUCGGUGGUCCACCGGCAACCGUCGAAGUGGACAUCAUGGUACGAAGUAUGGGUCCUAUUUCAGAGGUCGAUAUGACGUACUCAAUGGACUGCUAUUUCCGGCAAUCGUGGGUUGACCGGCGUCUUGCCUUCCAAGGAGGAAAAGAGACUCUGGCGCUGAGCAUUUCGAUGCUUGCACGUAUCUGGAAGCCCGACACGUAUUUCUAUAACGGCAAACAGAGCUAUCUUCACACGAUCACCAGCCCGAACAAGUUUGUCAGACUCUAUCAAGAUGGUCGUGUUCUCUACAGUUCGAGGCUCACCAUCAAAGCUGGAUGUCCAAUGAACCUCGAGGACUUUCCCAUGGACACCCAAAGAUGUCCUCUCAAAUUUGGGAGUUUCGGUUACACGACACGAGACGUGGUCUACAAGUGGAACAACGCUCGGCAAGUCGCUAUAGCCGAGGAUAUGAAACUAUCGCAAUUUGACCUCGUUGCUAAUCCUACCGCCAAUCAAUCAAACGCCGCAUCGCUUUCCCAAACUGAGUACAGUAUGCUUCUAGUGUCUUUUCAUCUUCAAAGGCACAUGGGUAAUUUUCUCAUUCAAGUUUACGGACCAUGUGUUCUUCUCGUUGUUCUCUCGUGGGUCUCGUUCUGGCUCAAUCGCGAAGCUACUGCAGACCGAGUCUCCUUAGGUAUAACUACGGUUCUAACUAUGACUUUUCUCGGGCUCGAGGCUCGUACCGAUUUGCCUAAAGUUCCUUACCCCACGGCCCUCGAUUUCUUCGUUUUUCUCUCAUUUGCCUUUAUCUUUGCAACGAUAAUACAAUUCGCGGUGGUUCAUUACUUCACUAAAUACGGCUCGGGCGAGUGCUACUUCAGCUCCGAUCUCAGCGACACGGACAGCUCCAGCGACGAUGAGAUCUCCCGCCAUCCUCGAAAACGCGAAACGAUACGGAGAAAAUCAUCGGCGAAUUCGUCGGGGCGAAGUUGCGGCAAUCGCAGUUUCACUCUGAACGGCGACGGUGUAAUAGAAGUUAUACCUUUAGCCGCACUACCCGAUCCCGAGAGAAGAAACUCGAGCGGGCAAUGGCAGUUAUCGUGCGUUCCAUGCAGUCCACCGCCACCUCAACCGCCACCACGGAUUCAUGUUUCAACUAGAAGAAGACGAAGAAGAGCGCCGAGAUACAAUUCCGUAUCGAAGAUCGAUCGCGCAAGCAGAGUAGUAUUUCCACUUUUAUUUCUCGCAAUAAAUGUGUUUUACUGGUGGUCGUACCUGUCGAGAAGUGAGCGUAUAUCGUAGUUCGAAACCAGAAAGUAUAUACUUCGUUAUUUCAAGCGAAACUGUUGGAUAGAUUAUAUUGCGAUACACGAUACAAAAAAACCAAACAAACAAAAACAAAAGAAAAGAAAUUGAAUAAAAUGGAGAACGAACGAGUAAGUAAAUAAAUUACGUGAAUAAGGAGAAGCGAAUUAAAAACGAGAAACAACAGAUAAAUCCGUCUGGGUAUUAGCCGACCAAUUUUACACCUAUCGUUGUACAUAAAGGGUAAAUAAUGCAAAAAAUUAUCAUCGGAAAUGCUCACAAUUCCAAGAAAGUGAUUAUCAAGCGAAGAAAUAUAACCACAGCGAGCAUUAUCAAUUUUUUCACUUUUUUCUCAUUUUUACACUUUUAAUCACCAUUUUUAUAGCAGUUUUACUAGCGGUUACAUCGCGUUUAUCCUUUUUCUUCCUCUUGUUUCCAAAAUAUAUCCAUUUCUUCUGCAAUCAGCCAUUUAUAUUUCCUCGUAUCGAUAUAGAUAUGAAAUAAAUCAAGGAGGGCACAGGCUAAAUGAAUGACACGAAACAACUGACAGAUAUGAAUCACAGAAUCAAAGUUUUUAUAUUCUCAUUUAUUUCGCGACAUUUUCAUGAAUUGGUCAGUCUCAAUUUUGUAUUUUUCAGAGCUACUUAUUGGAGGAAUUAUUUUAUUAAUUCACUCAGAAAGUUUAGAGCUCCUCGUGAUCAUCACGAAAUGAUCAAUAGUUGCAUACAAAAAAUUUAGGCAAGAUCCAUUUUUACAAUGAGGAAAAGACCUUUGAGUUAUCAUCAUAAAUUGCAAAUUCAUCGAGCAAUCACGUUUUCUACAUUGUUUAAUCUAUAAAAAAUCUAGCUCAUUUUCACAAUCGUUAUUCACAAACGUCGACGAUUUUGUGACAUCAUUUUUUUAGAUUUUUGUGUUUACCGAGCCUGAUAUUGUUUUUGAUGAUCGACUGUCGCAAGAAUUUUUGAAAAUACGCUAUGUAUAUAAGUUAACAUAUUUUUGAACUCUCAUGCUCGCAUCGAAUGCAGGAUCAUCGACGGGUCACGGAUUUACCUCUAAGCAAAUUAUAUACAAUAAAUACGAAAUUCCAUCUUCUACUAUAUAUUAUAACAAUGGAAUAUGUAUUAUGAAACAUGAUUUAAAAAAAUGAACGUUAUUGGCAUUGAA